AUGGUGGCCGCAGUCGCGAGACUCGGGAGCUUCAAGCUCACAGAUGAUGCGUUUGCAGAAGAGCACGGCGACGAUGACGGCGAGCUCGCGCCGCGGGACGCGCUGUCAGUGGCCAAUUUGGACGAGCAGGGGAUCAUCUCAAUGACGAGUGGCCAGGAGGUCACUGGAUCCCGGGAGCCGCCACCAACGCCGGCCCGCAGCCGCGCCGGCGGCGAUGGCGCGGCCCCGCUCGCGGCGCCGUUGCCUGCGGCGCGGUCCCAGCCGCCGACGCCCCCGGCCACGCCGCACUGGGCCGCGGCCGCGCCGCACCAGGCGCCUUCAGCGGCAACUGGCGCGGGCGCGUCGAGCAGUGGCGGCGACUCUGCCAGCGGCACGGGCAGCACGCCGCACGGCACGCCACGGCGCGGCGCGGGGUGGCGUGGGGGCGUCAGCGGCGAGCAGCUGCGGCGCGCGAUGAACGGGCUGCCGUCUGCGCCCGCGUCUGUGGCCGAAGAGGAGGGCGAGGGCGAGGAAGACGAGCAGGCAGCCACGGGUGGCGAGUGCUUGUCGCCGGAGCAGCGGUGCGCAUUGGACAAUGGCGGCGGGGAUGCUGGUGCGGUGAUUACGCCCUCCGCGGCUGCGCAGGGUGGCCCGCCGCAGCUGGGACGCGCCUCCAACACGCCGGUGCGCCGACAGAUGGCCACUGACAUCCCCAUUAUCCCCGAGGACGCUGCCGUCGAGACGUCAGAGGACGAGGUCGGGGAGCCUGACCUGACCCUCGGCGCCCACCUGCCCUCCCUGCGCCUCAACGCCCCCGUUGGCGGCAGCGGCAGCCUCGCGUUCGAGGAGGCCUUCGGCGCCCGCAGCCACACGCCGCUGGACGAGAUCGCGCUGAUGCGCAGCAGCAGCCGCGGCAGCACGCCCCGCGGCGGCGCCGGUGCGCAAGAGGGCGGGCAGUUCCGAGGUGGCGGGGGCAGCCUGUUUGGCGGAGGGGCGUCGGCGAGCCGCGCCUCGAGCACGUGCUCUUCAAUAGAUAGACCAGACCCGGCAGAGCUGUCAUCCUUCACUCUCGCCGCAUCAAACGCGGCGACGGCGGGGUCGUGCGCGCUCGCGCCGCUGGGGGCCCCUGCACUGGCGGCCGCCGGCGAUGGCGGGAGCGGCGACGGCAGCGGCAAUGGCAGCGGCAAUGGCAACGGCAACGGCAACGGCAACGGCAACGGCAACGGCAACGGCAACAGCAACGGCAACAGCAACGGCAGCGGCAACAGCAAUAGCAACAGCAACAGCAACAGCAACAGCAACAGCAACGGCGGCCGCGGCGGGAGCGGUGUUGGGGGCGGGUUCAAGGCGCCGCACCGGCUGUCCUACAGCUCGAGGACAGGCGGCGGCAGCUUCACCAUUCAGCAGCAGCAGCAGCAGCAGCAGCAGCAGCAGCAGCAGCAGCAGCAGCAGCAGCAGCAGCAGCUGCAGCAGCAGCAGCUGUCGGUCCAGACACUGUCGCCAUUCAACGAUGCACGGGUUUCGUCAGCCGCUGCGGCCCGGACGCCGCCCGAGCGGCAGGUAAAGCAGCUAUCGCCGCCUCCGACCCCGAUUGCGACCGUCCCGAGCGCCCCGGGCCCCACAGCGCUGCAGCCGGCGGCUUCCGCAGGGCCCGGUGCGUACCUGCCAAACGCGGCGGUGACGGAGCUGCCCGCCAGCCAGCGCGACGCGUUCUGGGACGCCGACGCGGGCGCGGACAGCCCCGUGGCGGCGCUGUCAGGGGAGGGGAAGGGCUCUGCGCUGCGGCUGCCCUCCCUUGACGCGCCGCCGUCGCUCCUGGGCCGGGACGCGGCGGGAGCACCCCGCCGCCGCCGCGCGCCGUUCUGGGCCUGUGGAUGCCUGUCUGCCCCGGCAGUGGAUGGGGAGCAGGAAUAG